UAAACAGAGAGACUUACGUUUCCUACGUGACAGCCCCAGAGGGGCGGAGCUUCAUUCAACAUCAACAAAAGGAAAGAGAGAAGCAGAGAAAACAGACGAAAGACUCGGAUACACAAAAUGUCCUUUUAACAUCUCUGGUGCUUUGGAGACUUGAAACCCAGAUAAAGUAAAAUAUGGAGGCCUUCAAACUGAUGAAGGAGCUGAAGAGCAACUUGGAGCUGGAGGUUCAUUAUCUGCCGAAGGAAACUGGUCUCAGUUUGAUUGAAUCCACCCAAGAGAACGGUAAUGGAGUUUCAGCCAAAUGUCGAGAUGCUCGAGUUGAAGAUCUCUGGAGCUUGACCAGUUUCUUCGGUUACAGCACUCAGACCUUUGUACUAGCCGUUAACCUGCUGGACAGGUUUCUCGCUAUGAUGAAGGUUCAAUCCAAGUAUUUGGCCUGCAUCAGCAUCGGCUGCCUCCACAUCGCCGCCCGAGCGACCGAAGAGGAGUGCAAUGUUUCAUCCAGCCACGAGCUCAUUCGCAUCAGCCAGUGCAAGUUCACCGUCUCAGACCUCAGCCGAAUGGAGAAGAUCAUUUCAGAGAAACUCAACUUCCAGUUCAAAGCCGUCACAGCCUUAACCUUUCUGCAUUUGUACCACGCCAUUGCACUUUCGCACACGUUCAACAGAAAAGACGUCCUGAAUCUUGACAAACUGGAAGCCCAGCUGAAAGCCUGCCUAUGCAGAAUUGUUUUCUCCAAAGCAAAACCUUCGGUGCUCGCCUUGUCGCUCUUGAUGCUUGAGAUCGAGGCCUUACAGUCUGCAGAUCUGUUCGAGAUCGCCCACCGCAUACAGACACACUUGAAGAUCUCGAAGGCUGACCUGGCGCACUGGCGUGGCCUCGUAGACCAGUGUAUGAGGGAGUACUCCUCUCCAGAGUGUGCCAAACCCGACCACAAGAAACUGGUAUGGAUUGUCUCGCGGAGGACAGCGCAGAACUUGCACAGCAGCUACCGCAGCAUCCCAGAGCUACCCACUAUUCCAGAGGGCGCGUGGGACGAGAGCGAGAGUGAGGAUUCAAGCGAAGACCUGAGCUCUGGGGAAGAGAGUCUGAGCAGCUCGCUGGGCAGCGACGCCGAAGGACCCUACUUCCCCUCGAACUUCCGGUCCCGUGCCUGCAGACAGUAGUACGCUCUAAACCACUUGCCAAGGAGCACAACCACCAAUGGAGAUGUGUCCGCCACACCGCCAAAUAAUGAUCUGAAUGGCUUCCUUGUUCAUCCUUCAUGAUGAUGUCACAGACCUCUCCUGGCUGGAAAACUAAUGUUGUACAGCGAGGUGCCAUUGUGCCUGGGUUCAAUGAAACCAAUGAGUCCAAAAUAUCAGAAUUGUAUUUUAAAACUCUUCUUUUACGGCUUUACAAAAAGCCAGUCCACAUACUGUAAACUUCUCUCUUGAUUACUUGUGUUAAGCUAAAGUGAAAUAAUUCAGCACUGCACAACACUGGCAGCUAAAAAGUUGAGAAAAAAAACAAACAACAAAAAAAAAAAAAAAAAAUGUAGCCAUAGCGUUUAUAGUAGUUGGUGCAUGUUCGGAUUUGUCAACAUUCCAGGCGGCUUAAUAUGACAUUUCCAAGGUACACUAGACUGUUAUAGAACAACUUAGGACUUGUACUUUGGUGCUUUGCACAGUUUUGUAAUUUGAUUGUAAGCGUGUGACAGCUGGAUAGCUGCAUGCCUGCAGAACUGCUGCCUCUCUGAGGUCAUAGAGUCAGAGAUUUACUGUGGUGUGCAUGGCAUUCACAGGGAGGGGGAUAAAGAGCAGACUGUUUAUUUUUUGUGUGUAUGUUUGAGUGUGAUGUUAACCUACUUGCCAAUUUAGUACAAGUUUCACUUUAGUCGAUGUAUGAAGACAAAUACUGUAUGUUGAAAAUGUGCAACAAAAAAAGCAUAAAAAUGCAAUAUAAAAAAAUGUAAAUUUGUAUAAUGUAAAAAAAAAAAUGCAUAUACGUUCUGUAUAGCUUCUUGUAGAUAUUAACUUAUUUAUUGUUAUUUUUGUCAUGUAAUAUAAAAAAAAAAACAUUCACAAUUAAAAAAAGCUAUUUUGAAAUUCA